AUGGGACCAGCCCCAAUUGACACCUUCUUUGUGUCAGGCCCUGUGCAAGACACUGGGGAUAUAGAAAUUAGGAAGACAUAUUCCCUGUCCUCAGAGCUCAACCAGGAGUGGGAGAGACAGCCAGCAUCUCAGCUUCCUACAUUGCCCGCCCCCUUGUUUGCUGCACUCAACUUCCUGCCCCAUCAGAGGAAGUGGGGAUCGAAAGCAGGUGCAGCGACAGCUAGCAGGGCCAUGGACAAGGAAUAUGUGGGUUUUGCUGCCCUCCCCAACCAGCUGCACCGCAAGUCCGUCAAGAAGGGGUUUGACUUCACACUCAUGGUGGCAGGAGAGUCAGGCCUGGGGAAAUCCACCCUUAUCAACAGCCUAUUUCUCACCAACCUCUAUGAGGAUCGGCAACUGCCAGAGGCCAGUGCUCGCUUGACACAAACGCUGACCAUUGAGCGCCGGGGUGUGGAGAUCGAGGAGGGGGGCAUUAAGGUGAAGCUGACCCUGGUGGACACACCUGGCUUUGGGGACUCAUUGGAUUGCUCAGACUGCUGGCUGCCUGUGGUGCACUUCAUUGAGGAGCAAUUUGAGCAGUAUCUUAGGGAUGAGAGCGGCCUGAACAGGAAGAACAUCCAGGAUUCCCGUGUCCACUGCUGCCUCUACUUCAUCUCACCCUUUGGCCGAGGGCUCCGGCCCCUAGAUGUGGCCUUCCUCCGAGCGGUGCACCAGAAGGUCAACAUCAUCCCAGUCAUUGGGAAAGCAGAUGCCCUGAUGCCUAACGAAACCCAGGCCCUCAAGCAGAAGAUCCGGGACCAGUUGAAGGAGGAGGAGAUCAACAUCUACCAGUUCCCGGACUGUGACUCUGAUGAGGAUGAAGACUUCAAGAGGCAGGAUGCAGAGAUGAAGGAAAGCAUCCCUUUUGCAGUCGUCGGUUCAUGCGAGGUAGUGAGGGCAGGCGGGAUCCGACCGGUGAGGGGACGCCGCUACUCCUGGGGUACCGUGGAGGUGGAGAACCCCCAUCACUGCGAUUUCCUGAACCUGCGACGGAUGCUGGUGCAGACACACCUGCAGGACCUGAAGGAGGUGACGCACGACUUGCUCUACGAGGGCUACCGGGCCCGCUGCCUACAGAGCCUGGCCCGGCCUGGGGCGCGUGAUCGAGCCAGCCGUAGUAAGCUUUCCCGGCAGAGCGCCACAGAGAUCCCGCUGCCCAUGCUGCCUCUGGCCGAGACAGAGAAGUUGAUCCGCGAGAAAGACGAAGAGCUGCGCCGCAUGCAAGAGAUGCUGGAGAAGAUGCAGGCCCAGAUGCAGCAGAGCCAGGCUCAGGGCGAGCAGUCGGACGCUCUCUGAGGUCCUGGCCGGGGCCCUGCUUUACCUCUGCUCCCCCUUCCGUUCGUCUCUUUUCCAAUCCACAAACCCCCUCCCCCGCGCCCCAGCCUAGAUUUGCCCUGGGUUCUUGGGCUAACGUGUUCUCCGGAUCCCGGACUUUGUAGGCCCGCCUUUGGCUCCGCCCCCAACCCGCCCUCCGCCCACUUCACGAUUCCCUGACUCCCCCCGACUCCCGCGCCUCUUCAUCCAAGCUGUGACUUCAA